UCUUGAACUUGAACGCAUCGCGCUGUCUACUGUGCUGCAAUUGAUUAUUUCUUCGUAGAAGUGCUCCAUACGCAUCACUGCCAAAGGUGCAAUAAUAAAGUACUUGAGUCGGCUUUUCUCUAAAUCAGGAUGCUCACUUGGGGUCUGCUGAUUGCCCUGCUCGUACUGUACGUGAUUUGGGAUGUCAACUACUUCAUCCGAUGUGUGGUGACACUCGGGUACGGAAUGGUGUUCCAGCGGAAACGCAAAGUAACCGACCAGACCACGAUCUAUGGCCUGUGCACCACUCAGGACGUGGACAUUUUCAUUCGUCACAUGAACAACGCCCGGUACAUUCGCGAGCUGGACUUUGCUCGGUUCCACUUCUACGGGCUGACCGGGAUCUACGGUAAAAUUAAGGCCAAGGGUGGCGGUGCCGUCCAGGGAGCUUCCAGUGUGCGCUACCGGCGAACGAUUCCGAUUUUCAGUGCCUAUAAAAUCACCACCCGGCUCGUUUGGUGGGACGACAAAGCCAUCUACCUGGAACAGCAGUUCGUCACCCUUACCGAUGGGUUCGUCCAUGCGGUGGCCAUGUCUAAGCAGUGCAUCACCAAGGUUGAUGUGCUACAGUUGAUGAAAGAGUUUCCCGGUGUGGAAGAGCAACCGCCGAUGCCGGUCGAACUGCAACAGUGGCUGGAUUCCAUCGAAACCUCCAGUCAGAAGUUGCGAAAAGGAAAGUAGAUUGGGUUUCGGAUUAGAAAAGUGAAUUUUAGUUACUUUAUAAAUUUGUAAAAGUUUCUUAUUUGUAUUCGAAAUGUAACGAUACAUAAAUUUUUAUUGCAUGCCAGUGGAGUGGUAUAAAAUAAAAUAAAA